AUGGACUGUGAUCAUGAGUCCCUUUAUGAUGCCAAAGUCAUGGAUGACCUUGGCCAAGGAUUUGAGGUUCCAAUUAAAAUCAUGUUUGGACCAUUGCGUUACUGCCUGCUAGUGCUUAAUCUUCACCGAAAGCCUCAUCACUUAUUUGAAAACAAAAGAAAAACGAGUUUGGCCUUGGAGAACUCCCUGAUUGGCGUGCGCCCGCCCCCCAUGCGUGCCCCGCCCGCUGCCUCCACCCCCUCUGCGGCCCCCCGCAUCGUCCUAGCUCUCCCGACCUCCUCCACCAGCGCCACACUCACUUCCCGCUCCCGCUUGGGUCCUUGCUGCUGCCUCGCAGCGCUCCCCCACUCUCAACUAACGCCAAACCGUCCCAUUCCCGCCACCACCACGGCCAACACGGGUGCCACGCGUCGCCGCCGCCGCCGCGGCCGCGCCAGUGCCACCCGGGCCACCACGCGCCCCGUGGCCCCACAUCAAACAGGUAGCAGGAAACGGAAAGCGCCGGAGGCUGAAGCGGGCUCGGGGAGCUCGAGCUCGGCGUCGCAGAAUCUGGCGGCAGCACCCGCAGCUUCAACAGCUGCCGCGGUGGAGGCAGGGGCGCAGCUAACUAAGAAGCCGCUGAAGCGGCUGGGGGCGCGACGCUCGCUGGUGCACUACCUGAAGGGCCGCGAGGUGGGCGCGCGUGGCUGCACCGGAACCCGGUGCUUCGAGGGCGAGCUGCGCACUUACACGGUUCACCAGCUCCCUGCUCUUCUGAAAGAGCGCGAGCUGAAUCUGGGCACCCUCAACAAGGUCUUUGCGUCCCAGUGGCUGAACACCAGGCAGGUGGUGUGCGGCACCAAGUGCAACACACUCUGCCUAGUAGAUGUGUACACGAGCCAGAUCACACGCAUUCCUCUCCUGCAGGACAGGGCGCAGCCAUUGUUCCAGCCCCAACCGAGCUGUGGCAUCCAUGCCAUCGAACUGAACCCCUCUAAGACGCUCCUGGCUACAGGGGGCGAGAACCCCAACAGCCUGGCCAUCUACCACCUACCCACGCUUGACCCUGUGUACCUAGGUGACCGCCAUGGCCACAGGGACUGGAUCUUCUCCAUCGCUUGGAUGAGCGACACUGUGGUCGUGAGUGGUUCCCGGGAUGGUAGCUUGGCGGUGUGGCAGGUGGACCCCGACAUGUGCCACGGCAGCAGUGGCUUGCACAACGAUGUGGGGCUGCCCAUGUAUGCUUAUACUCGCCCACGGGAUUUGGCGAUCAUCCCCAAGGCCGAUACCAGCCCAUUUAACCGCAAGGUGCGGGCCCUGGCUUUCAAUGUCAAGAAUGAGGAGCUGGGAUCAGUGUCCCUCGAUGGCUACUUCCACCUGUGGAAGGCACCAAGCAUCCUGUGCAGGCUGCUGUCCCUUAGGCUGCCCUACUGCCGAGAGAAUGUGUGCCUGACCUACUGCGACCAACUGAACCUGUACGCAGUGGGCUCCCAGUCCCAUGUCUCCUUCCUGGAUCCUCGUGAGCACCAGCCAAACCUGAGGCCCCUGUGCUCCAGAGAGGGUGGCACCGGAGUGCGCUCCCUCAGUUUUUAUGAGCACAUCAUCACCAUAGGCACCGGCCAUGGGUCCCUGCUUUUCUAUGAUGUCCGUGCCCAGAAGUUCCUGGAAGAGAGGGCCGCUGCCAGCCUGGACUCCUCUCCAGGGUCCAUGAAGAAGAAGCUCAAGCUCACCUCUGGGAGAGGCUGGCUCAACCACGAUGAUCUCUGGGUGAAUUAUUUUGGAGGCGUGGAAGAGUUCCCCAAUGCGCUCUACACCCACUGCUACAACUGGCCUGAGAUGAAGCUCUUCGUAGCUGGGGGGCCUCUCCCUUCAGGCCUCCAUGGGAACUACGCAGGCCUCUGGAGCUAA